AUGGCUGGAAUGGGUAAGGGGGCUGCGUCCCAGGCAGCUUCUAGUCUACGAUGUAGCUACCCAGAAAUCAAGCUCGCGCUUUUGGUUGGUAUCUGUGGAGGAGUUCCGUCAUAUCAGGGAAAGGAGAUGGAUGAUCUCGUACUUGGGGAUGUAGGGAUCAGUGGCAUUGUACAGGGAUACGAGGACGAGAGCGGAUCGAGAGCAGAAUCUCACAAUAUCUUGAUGUCUUGCGAGGCAAACUUGGCCCCAAGAGGGCUGGCUACCCAGGCGCUGAAAGAGAUGAGCUCUUCCAGUCCACCUAUCGACACAAGCACCAAGAUCCAACUCCGUGCAAAAUAUGUCGUUCCUGCGAAGUGGAUACCGAUUCAAUGUAAAGACGCACGGAAACUGACUUGCCAGCAAGUUGGAUGCCACAAAGAUUGGCUAGUCCAACGUAAAAUACUCCAGGAGGCUUUCCCGAAUGGUGACUCGCCAAAACCCAAAGUCCAUUUCGGUCUGGUUGGCUCUGGAGAUACAGUCAUGAAAUCUGGGCAGCAUCGCGACAAAACAGCAGCCCAGCAUAAUCUGAUUGCUUUUGAGAUGGAGGCUUCAGGAAUAUGGGAUAAGUUACCAUGCCUUGUCAUCAAAGGUGUCUCUGAUUACGCCGACAGUCAUAAAAACAAAGAUUGGCAAUAUUAUGCUGCUGCAACGGCUGCGGCUGGCAUGGCAGCCAUACUACAGGAAUUUAGAUAG